GCAUGUGGGAUAGUUGAAAAGUUUUAUGAUUUCUGCAACUGCAGUGCUCUCGUGAAAAUGUAAGUGUUAUGAAUGCUAUUGCAAGUUUUAUCAAUUGUGGUAAAAUCAUAUUGAAAUAUUUGCCUUUUUAUUCCUGCUACUCUAAGCAAGCUAGUUGCUGCUAUGUCUCUCUCUCCACUGAUUCUCCACACUUUUUAAUAAAAAUUAGGCCGCUCACCACCAAAUUUUUUUCGCUACUAAUUUGCACAUUAUACCUAACUCGUUCUUCCCACCAUAAUAAAAUCCAUCCCUAGCCAUCAAACACUUGUGCAAAGCCCAAGUAAACAUCGCAAAGAUGAAGCAACAAUUUCUCUUCUCAUUUUCAUUUUUUAUCUUCUUCUUAUUCUUCUAUUGUACCACAACCCUAGCUCAGUCACCUGCGCCGGCUCCGGCUCCAGCGCCACCACGAGGCCCCACUAAUGUCAUCAAAAUCCUCAAGAAGGCUGGCCAAUUCAAGACCUUUAUCCGUCUCUUGAAAUCCACCCAGUUGGAUAGCAACUUAAACUCCCAGCUAGGGAACACAAACAACGGAUUAACAAUCUUCGCACCAAGCGAUAGUGCAUUUUCAAGCCUCAAGAAACGUACUCUCAGCUCCUUGACCAGUCAAGAAAUGGUGGAGUUAGUUCAGUUUCACAUUGUCCCAACAUUCAUCUCCGCUACCCAAUUCGAUACUGUGACUAACCCCUUAAAGACACAUGCUGGAUCAGGCGUUAGGUUUCAGCUCAACGUGACUACAAGUGGGAGUUCAGUGAAUAUAAGUACAGGACUCACCAAUACUACCAUCUCUGACACUGUAUACACAGAUGACCAUCUGGCUAUAUAUAAGGUGGAUAAGGUGCUACUUCCUUUGGACAUAUUUACCCCAAAGCCUCCGGCACCGGCACCGGCACUCGCAACAACAAAGACUAAGGCAGAGACUCCUGAUGAAGAAGAAGAUGAAGUUCAUAAGGAUACUUCUGGUGCAGUAAGUUCUGUUGUGGAUUAUAAUCUGGUGGUGUUGCUAGGAGUAAUUGGUACAGUUUCUGCAACAUUUUCUUUGUAACAAUAUAUAGCAGUUUGGUGGGUUGUGGGGUCAGUUAUAGAAUGGUGUAUGAUUUUGCUUAGUUGGAAGUAAUGGACGGCGGUGAUGUGAUGGAAAGAUGGAGAGAGAUUUUGAAGAAUUAAAGCAAUUUGCAUGAUUUAAUGAAUAAGUUGUGGUUCAGAUUGAAUUUUAAA